AUGUCACCCGUCCAAAUGACCGACGCAGCGCCGACUUCAACAGAACCUCCAACCAAGAAGGACGUUCCGUACACUCCCAACAGCGUCGCUACCUCCCUCCAAUGUUUUGAGAUGCCGAGGGCUGGUAUCGCUAUCACCGAGGAAGCCUUCCCUGUCUUCCCUUCCGGGUUCUGGAAAACGGACAGAGAAAUCAGGCUGUAUCCAGGCGACAGCUCGUGUGGAAUGCUGGCCGUUCCUAUCACUGCAUCCCCUGGUAUAUGGCGAUGGGUAGGUGGAACUCAUAACUCCAAGAUCCCCUUCCCAUUUUCCCUCUGCUGGAUCCUUGGUUGGGACAUGGCUGAACGCCGCGGGUUUCCUCUUGAUGAAAUCGACCGCCUGGUCCGCGACCUGGUGGAGCGCCGCUGGGCAAGACUCUGGCCGCCCCAACAAGGAAUCCACGAAUCUGUGCUCAACGCUCUACAACGUCGAUACUUGUCCGACGCGGCCUUUUACGUGCAGCAAGCCAUCGAAAACAACUCGCUCAAACUCUUCAUCGUCGACGUCGUGCUCCGCUUCUACAACACUUGGACGAUCUCGUGGAAGCCUCUCUGGGCCGUUAGAUCACAGAUAGAUUCGGACCUGGCGGUAAUCGUCAGUUGGUUGCACAACGCUUACACCUCGGCGAAAUGGGUGGACCCUGAGGUAUCCUGGAAUAUGAUGGUUGCUUGUUCGUGGGCGAACUGGCACGCAUUAAUGCUUCCUUUGCGCGCCCGGUUGGAGGCCAUCCGCGACAGGUUGGAUGAACAUGCAGUUGGAAACGCGCUAUUGGGCGUCCCUGAUGAGGAGGAGUCCUCUGACAGCGAAGGGGGACCGGGGACCGCAACCGACGAGGCGGACGAAGACUCGGACGACGAAGACGAUGGCUCCAUGGACGAGGAUGAUGAUCAGGAUGAGACUACGAGCGAACUGGCGGCAUACGACAACAGAUCCUUGGAGGGUAUGCCGGGUUACGGUGUGUUGCCAUCCAUGACAGAGGAGACCCGCCGGGAAAUCAUCGAAUACGCCCGACGCGUCAACAACCUUUCCUAUCCGUAG